CUUCCUGCUUCGUCUCCGAGUCUCUGACAUCUGCUUCUUCCUGCUUCGUUAAUCAUAUUAGAGUACAAGGCACCAAAGAAGAAACAUCUAAUCGACUCCAAAGAUUGAUAAUGCAGACAAUCAUCCACAAUCUCGCAUUUUGUAGCUUCAACGCUAUCAUAAUUGACCCGAAACCAAGAUUUCAACUUUCUUCCUUUGUAACUCUUCCUCCAACUUAUUCGGUGCAACCGAAAUUCUGUGCAAGAGCAACGAAUAAACAGUUUGUCGCAGUUUGUGCAGGAGCAUCAGAUGUCGAGACUUCUUCUAAGGAUGAAUCAUUUUUGAUCACGACAGUGGAGACUGCAAACAGCAACGAAGUUAAGGUGCAUGUAGAAGUAUCAGGACAGAAGACUCAAACCGUAUUCAAUCAUGUAUUUGAGAAAAUGGUAGCUGCAGCUCAGCCAAUUCCAGGGUUCCGAAGAGUUAAAGGAGGGAAGACCCCAGAUAUACCCAGAGAUAUUCUGUUAGAGAUCCUUGGAUAUUCUAAAGUCUAUAGGCAGGUGAUAAAGAAAUUGAUUAAUUCUGCUAUCGAAGACUACGUUAAACAGGAGGAUCUAAAGGUUGGCAAAGAGUUGAGUGUUGAGCAAAGCUAUGAAGAUCUUGAAGAAACAUUUGAACCAGGUGAAAGUUUCAGCUUUGAUGCUAUUAUAAAGCUUCAAGAAGUGAGUUGAAGAGUAUGUGGAUCCCUAGGUACUUAUCAAUGUGAUUCGUCUUUCUACCUUGUCUAGUAACAAUUAGAUUUCUUUUUUUUGAGUAGUAAAGGAUAAUCUCAUUUGGAUUCUGGUUAUAAUGAAGUUUGAAAUAUAUAGUUUCU